GCGGCGGACGCACGUCGCUUGGCGCGUCAACGCGGUUUCGUGUGAUAAGUGUACAGUGGUUCACAGACGAUAAACUUUUAAAAAUCAAGCCUAUAGAAGAAAUCAGCUGUUUAAAUUGAUCAGUGCAGUGGUGUGUGUUGUGAUGGUGUGAGAAUGGAGCCGACGGCGCUCGUGGAGGCGGAGGACGACGGCGCGCCGCAGGGCUCCUCCACCGGCAGCGGGUCCUCCUCCGGGACUGGAUACUACGGACAUAAAAACGGCGAGUGGCGCGGCGAGCGACGCAUGCUGGACAUCACGCGCGACAAGCCGGUGAAGGUGUGCGUGCGCGUCGUCGUGCCUGUGCGGGACCACCCUAAGUUUAACUUCGUGGGCAAACUGCUGGGGCCCAAGGGCAACUCGCUGAAACGGUUGCAGGAGGACACCAUGUGCAAGAUGGCGGUGCUCGGCCGCGGCUCCAUGAAGGACAGACAAAAGGAAGAAGAGCUGCGUGUGUCGGGCGACCCGAAGUUCGCGCACCUGUCGGAGGAGCUCCACGUGGAGAUCUCGGCCUUCGCCACGCCCGCCGAGGCGCACGCUCGCAUAGCGUACGCGCUGGCGGAACUCAGGAGGUUCCUGGUACCGGACUACAACGACGACAUCCGGCAAGAGCAGAUGCUGGAGAUGCAGAUCCUGUCGUCCCAGAGCGACCCACGCCGCCUGACGCCGCCGGACUCCUCGCGCAGCGGGAGCGAGGAGGCGUUGCCGCUGCGGGAUACGCAGCACAAGCAGAGGCUGGCCACGGUCCCGGCGCCGGCGCAGCCGACGCUGCCGGCGGGCAUCGUGAGCCACGUGGGCGGGCGGGACUUCUCCCCGCCCGUGCCCACCUCCGCCUCCGACCAUCUCGCCGCCCAUCACCAGCUGGCUACGGGUCAUGCUGGUCACGGCAUGCUGGUCGGCGGCGGCGUCAUCCAGCAGCCCCCCACACACCACCUGCUGACACAGAACUCCAUACUCGGCGGCGACAUCCUGGGUCUGAGCAGCCCGGUGCUGGGCGGCGUGCUGCACCACCCGGCUCUCCGGGGGGUCAAGCCGGCCGCCGUGCACGCUCUGGCGACGCAAGGUGCGGUUGGGGCGGGUGGGGUGGGGGUCGCGAGCGGACGCAAGCGGCCCCUGCUGGGCGGCGCGCGGCCCGCCAUGUCGCCGACUAAGCGCGCCGUCAUGACGCUGCUGGCCCGCGCGCGCGCCGCCACGCACAAGCACGCGCCCGCGUGGCCCGCGCCGCACGAUCACCCCGCGCUGCUGCCCCUCAUCAGGGACGACUUCGUCACCGGCGUCGGCGUCAACAUCAACUUAGCGUAAUGUAGACAACGACUUAGUCAAAUUCUCAAUUAGAUAAAACAAUUUAUAUUGUACAUAUUUAGCUUACAUUUUAUCUACAUAGACUAUUGUUUUUUAUGGUUGAAUAAGAGGUAUAUGGAAUUCAUUUUUACUAGUAUAAGCGCUGAAAACAUUUUUAAAAUAGUCGGUUCAUAUAAAAUUUCGUAUAAAAUACAAUGAACUAUAAUAAUGAUAGGAAUGAAAAAUUUUAAUUACAAUUUUAAUGUGAACCUAGCAUACUUUGUGUAUCGUUGAGGCAUUUGUGACUGACACUGAGUACCAUUUUCUUACGUCGCAGUCAACGUGUUAAGCGUAUAAUAUGAACUAUGAAUGAAUCUGAAUCAGAGCUGACAUAGUUCAUGUCAUAUUGAACAAAAAUAUAUUAAAUAGCCCCAAAGUACCCACUUUGGGGUUAUAUAAUAUUUUUUAUUAAACCCACAGUUUGGUUACACUUUUGCCUCGUCAUGCCACGUCUACGUCUACGAUUCUAAAAGAUAAUGCCGAUGAUAUUUUAACAAAUCACCUUCAGAAUUGUGUAUAAUAUUCACCAUACUAGCUAUAUACUACCUACGAUAUAAUAAAUAUUCGUAAAUGUAGGAAUAAAGUCUAGUCAAUUGAGCGGCCUACGAAAUUGCUUGUGAAGCUCCAAGAUUCGAUUCCCGGUUUAAUUCCGCCGUAUCUUUAUCGAUUGCUCCUAAUUUAUUACGAGGUAGCCGAGCUGUCUCGCUUAGGGAGCUAUCAGACAGAGAGCGGUCACGCGUUCAAGCGUUCGGCGUUCGCAUUCUGCGUUCGAGCGGUCAGUCACAAAGGAGGAAUUCUGACGCGGUUGCAAUGUCCCCUGUGUUAGUAUCUCUAUAUAACAUAAUACAACUCAAUGAACCCAAAACUGAUCGCUUAAACUUGAACUUGAACGCGGUCAACAGCGCGACCGCGUGACCGGCGACCGCUCUCUGUCUGGUGGUUCCCUUAAUUAUAGCAAGUGUCUAUAAUAAAUAUCUUGUUUAAGACGGUUUUGAAGUUUUGAUCCUCGAAAAGUUGGGGAUAUUUAAAAAUGUUGUUUCAGACUAACGAAGACUCUUUAAAUUGCGAACAUAAAUUAUUGUGUACAAGUUACCUCCAGUGAAAGGUUUUUUUUUCAAUAUUCCAUUGUCACAAUGUUUAUUGACUAAAGUAAUUUUAUGAGGUACCUAUCUCCAUGUUGGUCCAUUAUGGACCAAAUAAAAGCGAUCGAUAACGUGUGGGCAGGCAUAUUCGUCAAUGAUCGUUGUCGAUUAUGCAUGCAGACAGCUUCGCAAUCAUAGUCGCAAACAUUAACCAUGUUCCAUCCAUUAUGACUCAAUUUGGACUCAAUGUGGAGAGGCGUACCGACUUUCGUCAGUUUGAUUUUUACUUUCCUUGGCCGUGUCUUGCGAAGGGAGACGGAUCUUGGAUGGUUAUAGGGCUUAUAAAGGACCAGGUAUAUCCUACAAUAAGUAGUAUGUAAUAUUCUGUAAAUACUCGAUGUUGUUCAUAAGAAAUUAUUAUAAAAUUUAAAAAACAAUCGAUUAUUUUGUUGUUAUUUAACGAGCUUUAUCUACGGAAUCACGUUUGCAUGUUAAUAGAUCGUUAUUCAUAAAGAUAUUUUAAAUACACCUCCGAUAUAUCAUUGUAUGUACACACCAAAUUAAAUGUUUAUAAAUGCACUUAUUUUAUGAAAUUGUUACGAUAUUCACAAUCAAUGUAAUAUUACAAUAGAGUGCAGAUAGCCUAGGUUCCGAAAAGAAAUCUAGUUUACUAGCCAUCCAUAGCUCAAGACGUCAUCGUGUAUCCGUCGUCACAUUUUAUUGGUUUACCACUGAUGAGACAAGUGCAGUGA